UCAAACGAGAGGAUGCGGUAUCUGUGAAGUAAAUUGAUAUUUAAUUUACAGAAUGGAUUGGAAAUAUUUAAGGAUGUUUAAGUGUUAUGGUUCAUUAAACGGAAUGUGAGAAAUGUAACGGAUACGAUGAUAAUUUUCGUAGUAACGUUUUCGUGCCUCUGUGCUUGUGCAAUGUCUUUGCUGACUUGCACUGACUGGCAGGGCCGGCCCAUACCGGAUGGGGAGGACUUCUACCCCUACAAGGAUGACCCAUGUCACAUGUGUCGCUGCUACCAGGGGGAGUCAACCAUGUGCAAGGCCGUCUCCUGCUCCCCACCGAAGUGUCCCAAGUGGCGCGAGAUCUCCAAGAAGUGCUGCCAUUACGAGUGCCUUGACGUUGAUGGUUCUUCGUACACCCCCGACAAUAACACAGAACAUCGUGGAAACUCUGUGAACGGUGAUGGUACUCCGACAGAGGCAGGCACGGUGACGGACCUGGGACUGCGUCUGGUGGCCAGCACUAUCACCACCUUCCUCAUCCUCGCCCUGCUUCUCUUCCUCAUCCAUCGCUUCCGGCAACGGAGGCUCCUGAUGACACUUAGGCACUGUUUCUGCGCAGGCUAUGGCCGUAGGCGUGAGCACCUGGACGACUCUGACAACAUCAGCUAUACGCCAGACUUCUUUGGAGUCCAGUGUCCCCCAUAUGAGGACCCUCCCCCUCCCUACACGCCUCCCAAGCCUCAGCCUGGGGAACAACCCCCACCAUACGAGGCUCUGGACACAGACAAUACACCAACUACUGGAGAUGCUGAUAGGUAUACUGACAAUAAUAGCGCCAACAGCAGCCAUGGCAAUUUUCCUGCUAGGGGAGCAAACUCUUCUAAUAGUUCUGGGGAGUGCUUGAUUAGCAGGGGAAGUAACUCAAAUAGUGAUAAUGGUGGUCACAUUAUAACAAGGGGAGUUAAUACUGGUCUCAAUGAAAGCAGCAUGCGUGAUGAUGGAAUUGAUGGUAGUGUCAUCGGUUGCGGGAAUCAACAAGUUUCUAGAGCUAUACAGGCUGUUGGGAACUGUUCUAACAGAGUUCGGCACACGAGAAGGGGAGCGCAAGACAGUCAAGGUAACAGGGCAAGUGUUCAUUUUAAGAAUAGCCCCACCGGUCAACCAACAAUAACAAUGGGAAUACAAGAUAGACAGUUAAGGAACCGCUGUUCUGGUAUCAGGUUAAGCAAUCAGUCUAGUCCAGUUAGAAAUUCAAUGAAUGACAGAACAAUGGCACUGAACUUGGAGUUGAAAAAUGUUGUUCAUAACAUUCGCAACAGGAGCUGGUGUGAGGUUCCACAGGGAGACCGGGUCACACAAAAUGACCAUUCGUCCAGUACAGAUAUCGGGGAAUCGACAACCUCGGCAGAGUCAUUAACCAGUAGCCCGGAAUCGCCCGAGAAUGCUGCUGAGUUUCACAUCUCCAGCUCCCCAGAAGCCCUGUCUCACGAUGCUGACUCCACUGUGAAAAGAUUCCUGGAUCAGUUUGGUCCUGUCUCUAGAGGUCGCAGGUAUCCGACAACAAUGUCUCAGUCUUGGACCAGUAACCAGGUUCCCCCGGUUAGUUCCAAACAUGUUAAGCAGAGCAUCUCAAUCGGAGCAUUUCCUCAGGAAUCUGACAGUGUUGGUCAAUCACCUCAGCAGGGUGGGUCUAGUCAGAUGGAUAUUCGACCGUUGCUGCCCCGGUCAAAGUCUGAACACUUGAAGACCAACGGUAGUCUUAUUAACCAUCCUUUUAACGGUGUUGUAAAAUCAACUGGUAGUGUAAAGCCUUCGAGUUUUCAGCCCCAUGGAAAUGGUGUAAGAGUUGCUUAUAAAGAGCGAGAUGAGUUAAGUUCUAGUCAGUCUCCAAGUUUGACUUUCAAUCAAAAUCCAACCAAGAGAAGUAGUCUGAGUUUUACAAAAAAUCUUUCCUGUCAGGAUGAUUACAUACGCUCGGACGUCAGUGAAUGUGGAAGCCUCAUGUCAAAUGUUUCCAAUUUGGCAGCGGCAAUUUUGGACCCUGGGGACAUAAUUGUGACAAAAAGACAAGAUGAACUGCGUAAACUGCGUCUGUCUCACCUACUCAGUGACCCGCUGUUUUGCCCAGGGUCCUCAACUGGUAACCAGGGGUCUGAUUUCUCUCGUCCAGACACCAGGCAACUGUACAGGUCAUUCAGCGAGAAUUCAGUCGAUGUCUCAAGUGUUUCCGCUUCUUCAGAAACCUUUGAGAAAGGUGUGCAAGGCUCCACAUUGAGAAAUGACUCCAAAUACCCUUCUAAUUCCUAUAAAAACUUACUCCAGACUUGUUUAAGUGCUCAGCCCCUGCGGCCAGCAGUGAUGAAGAAACCUGAACGUUUUGUAGCGGGAAAUAAUUCAGAAAAUCCUGUGAUCUCGACUACAGGUAAAAAAAAGGACAAUAAGCCAAUGGUUAACAGUUGGCAUGCUGGUAUGUGCGAGUCAGAUGAUGAAAACAUGUCCGUAAGUACAUUAGCUAGAAAUUCUAAUCAACAUUUUGAGAAGAAUUUGUGUCGUGAUAAAGAUGUAGCAAAUAUUUUCCUCCCGCUGUUUAAGCUGUCAAAUGCUGAGAAGUAUAAUUCUGAGGAUAAUACAGAUGUUCCAAAUAGCGAAAUGAGAGCUUGUGCAUCGCAAAUGUUUGCUUGUGAAAUGGGAGACUUCCAGAGAGAGAAAAAUCAUAGGGGAAAACAACUGUUGAAACAGUAUUCAUCAGGUUGCAUUUUUGGCAAGCAUGACGAAGUAUCUGCAAAUAAUCGUAGAAAGAUGGCAAAAAAAUCAAACAUUGAUAGUGAUCUGACUUAUUUGGGAUCAUCUGAUUCACAGGCUAUAAAUAGAAGGCUCUCGUGCCCAGAACCCAAGCCUGUAGUCUGUAACAGUUCUUCAGGUAUGAAGGAUCCUAGUCGGCCAUACUUGAUGCACUCUGCCAUACCUACCAAUGUGGCCCUUUUGGAUCAUAACAUACCCGCAUUGUUACAACUGAGGAAUACUGAUGGCCGGCCAAGAAAUGACAAGAGACGAUCAAAAUCGGUGGGCCGAUCUGAUACAACAAGAACAUCAGGAAGAAAGACAGUAGGAUAUUCUGCAUCAAGGGCUCGCAGCCGUAAAAAGAAUUCACCACAGCAAACGUGUUCUUAUCAUAGGGAGCUGGAAAAUGUACUUGAAAAUAAGAAAUCUGGUGUGAAACACAGAAAUGCCUCAAAUCACCAACAAUCCUACUCAGAAUUCAGUAAGACAAACUGUGCAAUAUCACAAGUAUAGAGAUGUAUACAGUGUAUGAAAAACCGUGAUAGUUUUUGAGUCAUUUUGCUUUAUGAUAUAAAUUAUACAAGCAUGUUUAGUUAUGAAACUUACAUUACCCAUAAUAUAAAUAUUGUAUGUAUACUAUAUGUACAGUGUACAGGACAUGUUAUGAUGAUGGUUGUAUCCUAGAAUAAUGUUUCAUAGUAUUAUAAACUUAAGUUUUGCUGUUGUUAACAGACGUAUAAAAGUUUAAUGUCUAGAAAGUACUAUAACAGUUAAAUUGUUUGCUAUGCAACCAUAGUAAGCAGAUGUUGUUCAUAUGUCAUUUUUAAGGGUUAUUACAAAUUAUUUAACCUGUUAAGGCACUGAAAUGUUUUUGCAUAUGUUUUUAAGGUUUUAUGUAAAUGUUUUUUUGUAUCAGUAUUUUGAGAUUUUAAUGUUGUUUAUGUAUAGAAAGAUUAUUGUGAAGUUUUAAGUUAAAGUAUUAUUUUUUUGUUUUGUUGUUUAAUCAAAGACAUAUGUUUGGACAUAAAUUGAUACUGUUUUGCAUUUCAGUGUGACUUAUUAAGAGUUAUAUAAUUUUAAAACAAAGUGGAGAGAAUUUUUCAAAAUGAACCUUUUGAUGAAAAUUAUUUUUCAAUACAUGUAUAAGUAUAACAAUUUUAGCAUAACCACAUCCUCACCAGGUAAAAAAGUAGUAAGGAACUAAUAAAUCAGAAAGAGUUUUACAGAAAUGUACUGUAUUAAUCCAGCAUUUCUUUAAAUUGUAUGUGAUUAAAUAAGUUAUUCAUGCGCUGAAUACUUCAUGAUUGUCAGUGGAUAAAUAUAUGCAAUAUUAUUUAUUCCAAUAUUAACUCUUUAAGUGCUGGAACCGAAUUUUG